AUGGGAAAACGUACGAGUACAAAAAGACUGUCUCCGAUGUCUGAUUCAGCUUCAAGAGCCAUUGAUACAAAAGCUCGAAAACGUAUUGAAGAGCUUUAUGAAUUAACUGAUGAAAUAAUCAAUGCUUAUAAUGACGUAAAUGACACAUACUCUAAUAAAGUUUAUCAAAAAUAUAAACAAUUACAACAAGUAAAUAAAAAAUUAAAACAACAACUCAACCGUCAUCAUUGUCCAGGUUGUAAAUGUACUAUUCCAUCGAAUGAAGAAAUGCAAGAAGAAGAGCAAGCUGAUGAUGAUGAUGAUGACGAGUCUGAUGAUGAUAGUGAGAAUUCUAUGAUAGAUGAGCAAGAUCAAGAAUAUAAACACAAGGAAAAAUCUUCUUCAUCAUCUCCAACAGCACAUUCCAUAAUAACACGAAGCAGAAAGAAAAAUCCUUUUAUUAUAGCUGAUAUUGAAGAUACACAAGUUUUUGAUGCUAAUGAUAGUCGAUUUACUAAAAACACUCGUGAUACUAAUAAUGACAACAGUGAUAAUAAUGAUGGUGAUAAUGAUAAUGAUGAUGAUGAUAAUGCAGAAGAAAUAUCUAUGACUACAAAUCAAAAUGAAAAUGAAACAACAAAAGAUGAUAAUCAAUCUGAACAUGAAGUUGAAGAACAAGUUGAUAAUAAUGAAAAUGAAAAUGAAAAUGAAGCUGAACACGAAAAUGAAAAUGAAAAUGAAGCUGAACACGAAAAUGAAAAUGAAAAUGAAGGUGAAGAUGACGAUGACGGCAUGGCUCGUUUACCAUUAACUUUACAAGAUAUAAUACGAAAAAAAGCAAAAAAAAAUAAGAAUGCAAAAUCUUAUUUACUUCAAAUUUCUCGUUAUCCAGCAUUGUGUGAAUUUCUUCGCGAUAAAUCUCGUACAUCGUUUGAUCAUCGUCCGAGUGAAAACCAAGUUCGUCCACUUAUUGCAAAUCAUUUAAGUCAACAUUUAGCAAAUGAUGCCAAAAUCCGUAUGCGUCUACGUGAUGAAUUACGUGAAAUACAUCGAUCGUACAUGAGAACAUUCAUGAAUGAUCCACAUGCUAAUGGUGCUAAAAUAUCUUUUCAUAGACAUAAACGGCUUAAUCUUAAAAAGAGUCCUAUAUAA